CGCUCACAAUCACCCUAUUUUGAACUGGUUUUACGAUCCCAUCAUCCCUUCUUCUUAUUCAGGUUUGUGAAGCCUCAAUGUCGCGUUUAAUUGCCUAUACUUUUAUACAUUGUCUGUUCUGAAUACACAGUUCCUGUUCCCCCCUUUGCUAUUCUCUCAUUCUUUCUGUUCUGGGUGGUUAUUGGAGAAAGGGGCAUAUGAUCCGAGAUUAUAUUGGAUUCUUGCUCCACAAAAUACUUUGUUAAAGGUAUACUGAGAGAGAGAGAAUUCAAUUCAUUGAGGAUGAGCGGAGCUGUGCUUGUUGCACUCGCUGCUGCCAUUGGUAACCUGUUGCAAGGAUGGGACAAUGCAACUAUUGCAGGAUCUCUCCUUUACAUCAAGAAGGAAUUUCAUUUGGAAACCCAGCCAACCAUGGAAGGGCUAAUUGUUGCGAUGUCACUGAUCGGAGCUACAAUAAUCACGACGUUUUCUGGACCUGUAUCUGAUACAGUAGGACGGCGUCCAUUGCUCAUAGCUUCAUCUGUUCUGUAUUUCCUUAGUGGGUUGUUCAUGCUGUGGGCUCCAAAUGUUUAUACCUUGCUUUUGGCAAGGCUACUGGAUGGAUUUGGAGUUGGUCUUGCAGUCACACUUGUUCCAGUCUAUAUCUCCGAAACGGCUCCUCCAGAAAUAAGGGGGUUAUUGAAUACUUUUCCCCAGUUAACUGGCAGCGGUGGGAUGCUUUUUUCGUACUGCAUGGUCUUUGGAAUGUCGUUGAACGAAUCACCGAAUUGGAGGGUAAUGCUUGGAGUUCUUUCGAUUCCUUCUCUUGUUUAUAUCCUUUUGGCGAUAUUCUACUUGCCUGAAUCGCCUAGGUGGCUUGUCAGUAAAGGGAAGAUUAAGGAAGCUAAGAAAGUUCUGCAGCAAUUGCGUAGCAGAGAAGAUGUCUCAGGUGAAAUGGCCUUGCUGAUGGAAGGUCUAGAUGUUGGAGGCGAUGUAUCUGUAGAAGAGUAUAUUAUUGCACCAGACAACGACCUUGAUGACAACCAAGAACAAGUAGUAGACAAGGAUCAAAUUAAGUUAUAUGGUGCUGAAGAGGGGCAAUCGUGGGUGGCAAAACCUGUCACCGGGCAAAGUGCUCUUGGCCUGGUUACCCGUCGUGGAAGUAUGGCAGCGUCUCAGAGCUCUUUUAUAGAUCCUAUGGUCACUCUCUUCGACAGUGUACAUGAGAAGCUACCCGAGAAUUCAGGAAGCAUGAAGAGCAUGCUGUUUUCGAAUUUUGGCAGCAUGUUCGGUGUGGCUGAGAAUAAAACCGAAAAUUGGGAUGAGGAGAACCAAAGGGAGGGGGAUCGUAAUGUAUCCGAUGAUUCUGGGAACGAGUCCGAUGACAAUCUAAGGAGCCCACUCCUCUCACAUGAAGACACAAAUGCAGGAAAGGAUAUGGAGGCAAGACAAGGAAGCACCCUUUCGCAAGUAAACGAGGACAAUGAAGUGAGUAGUGUUGGUAUCGGUGGCGGUUGGCAGCUGGCCUAUAAGAAAGACGAGAGAAAGGAAGGAGCACUCCGAAGGAUUUAUUUGCAUCAGGAAGGUGGCGGUGGAUCACGGCGUGGCUCCAUGGUCUCCCUCACUGGUGGUGAUAACCCUGCUGCAGAUGGCGAAUGUGUUCAUGCCGCUGCUCUAGUCAGCAAGUCAGUUCUUCGGACAUCGGACAUAAUGGGUCAAAUACCUAUCGAAGAAGCAAUGGUGAAAAAAUCCAAGCCCACCCCAGCUAAAGAACCUGGCUGGAAGGAGCUCUGUGAGCCUGGAGUCAAGCAUGCACUUAUUGUUGGUGUAGGACUUCAAAUACUUCAGCAGUUUUCUGGAAUAAACGGAGUUCUCUAUUACACGCCUCAAAUUCUUCAACGUGCCGGUGUUUCACUUCUGCUUGCACAUUUGGGUUUGAGCCCAGACUCGGCAUCUAUCCUCAUUAGCGCUGCCACAACGCUUUUGAUGCUUCCCGCCAUAGGUGUUGCAAUGAAACUGAUGGACCUUGCAGGCAGGAGGUGGCUUUUGCUCACGACUUUGCCAGUCUUGUUUCUAUCACUUGUGACGCUAGUCCUGGGGAGUUCGAUCGAUAUGGGGCAAGUGGUGAAUGCGGUUGUAUCCACGACUGGCGUCGUCUUCUACUUGUGCUGCUUUGUGAUGGGGUAUGGCCCGAUCCCUAACAUCCUGUGCGCUGAGAUCUUCCCCACCCGAGUUCGUGGCAAAUGCAUUGCGAUAUGCGCUCUCACAUUUUGGAUUUGCGAUAUCAUUGUCACGUACUCGCUCCCUCUAAUGCUCUCUUACUUUGGUCUGCGUGGAGUGUUCGGGAUCUACAUGGUUGUGUGCGCGGUUUCUUGGGUUUUCGUGUUCUUGAAGGUUCCGGAAACAAAGGGCAUGCCCCUUGAAGUCAUCACAGAGUUCUUUGCUGUUGGUGCAAAGAAAACAAGUGAUUAAAUACCUUUUGUCUCCAUGCAUCAUUUCAAGGGGAAUUCAGCUUACUGUGAAAACCAGAGGGCAUCUAGGAUUGAAAAUAUUGAAGAUUUUGUGAUUAAGAAGAAAGAUAUGAUGAUCAAAGAGGAGAACAGAGAACUCAACAACAAGCUCUCAUAAUUUUUCUUCAAAAAAUUUAUUUAUUUUGGUUUUUCUGGCUUCUUUUUUAUUUUCUAAACCUUGUUUUUCCCACAAAUCCUUCAGUUGGGCUUGCUAAGAAUAUAAUGUAAUCCAAAUGUGGACAGAAAAAAUUUGUUGUGUUGAUUUCUUGAGAUUUUGAUGAAUACAGACAACAUUUGCAUUUGUUAA